UUCCGUUGUUGCCUUAUAUGGAACUUGCAAACCUGAAUCAGCCUACCUGGAAGAAAACCCUGGUUUCCUGGAUAUAAGAAAAGCUACAGGUCUCAGGUCAGGUAUAUCCUACCCAGAGUAUUCGACUGCACUGAGGGAGAAUCCUGCAAACACUGGGUCCAAAAAAUGAAGCUGGUACUUGCUGGGCUGGUUCUGGUUCUGGUGGUGGGAGCCCAGGCCCAAUGGUACACAUUUUCCAGAAAAUCAGUAAGAUUCACCAAAGAAGUCAUCCGGGGUUCGCGUGACAUGUGGCGAGCUUAUUCGGACAUGAAGGAGGCUAACUGGAAGAACUCUGACUACUUCCACGCUCGAAGCAACUAUGCUGCUGCCAAGAGGGGACCUGGGAGAAGGAGGGCAGCUGAAGUCAUUAGUGAUGUUCUGCAGUCAUUUCUGGGCAGUAGUGGGCGUGGCCAUAAAGACACUGCAGCAGCCCAGAGAGCCAAUGGGUGGGCCCACAAUGGGGGAGACCCAAAGCACUACAGACGUAAAGCCCUCCCCAUAAAGUACUGACAUGCAGAGCUCAGCAAGACCCUACAACUCCCAGCAUUCCCUGCCACCUGACCGAACCUUUCAUUGCAUUCUGAUACAAACUGUACCUGCCUUUAACUUGACCGCCUAUUAAAAGCAUACGGUUAUGUUUUCUGCAACAUCUGUCUAAUGUAUGCUAAAUCCUCAAAUAUAUUUCAGGAUCUCUGUA